CAUGCAGACUCAUGGGCCAUUAGGCUCAUUGGGCACAUGUGACACUGACAGGGGCGUGCAGCUAUGAACGCCUCUUGUCCGCUUGUGCUCAAUGCUGGAGGCUGACAUCAGACGGACAGUGCCAUGCUUGCGGGCAACACAGAGUAGGGGUGGUGUAUGAGCUGCUCCAGAGAGCGCUGUGGCACAAUGCCCGCACUGGCAUACAGGUGAAUGUUGAAGCGGGGUUGAAGCACAUAAGCAGCUCUGGCAGCCGCCGGAACAGCCCCUGAUUCUGCUCCUACUUGAUGAAGCUGCUGGCCAUUGUGUAGCGGGCACCAUGAAAAAGUCCGAGCUCUGUCAAAGCCGCCGCCGCUGCCGUGGCCUCACGCGCCCCCUUCCAUAACAUAGCUCCUAAUACUUGGAAGUCCUGGGGGCACACCCCUGCCCUCAAAGGCUCACUCUGACAAAACUCCGCUCUUUAUAUACAUCGAUGGGCCUCCAGAAAGGUUUACAUCUCACCAACCACGUGAACACCUUGAAUUUGGUCGCUCAGUGUGCUCAAGGAGAAGCUGGCAGCCUGCAGGCCCGUGCACGUGGAGAGCGAGUCACCCCGCAAUGGGGCGUGCAUGCACUCACAGGCUUGCCACCUAGUGAAAUGGAGCAAUCAAACCAAUUGGUGGCACAACACGUUUGGAAGGCCGGGCAGCAACAGUGACGAUGACCAGACCUGGCUAGUCUUGAAAGGAGCUAUUGCACAUUCGGUCAAACCUGGCUACCUGACCCAAUUCCGAUUGGGACCGGUCGCAGAACUUGCCCGGCGCAGAAGUUGAGACCCUUCGAUCUGAUCCAAGAGCACUUCAUCGAACGGCCCAACUUGUGCAAUGCCUGGCCGGUGAGUCCGGUCAGAGCCGAUUGUAAAACUUGUUUACGGGCACUAGGCGCACUGGGGCUGUUUGAUUGAGUCUUACUGCUUCAUUCAAGGGUCCACGUUCUGCACAUCGGGCUAGUUCUGCGAUUGGUCCCAAUCGGGAUCGGGUCAGGCGGCCAGGUUUGACGAAAUGUGCAAUAUCUUCUGGAGGUGACGACCCAAGGACUUCGUCGAUUAAAGACGAAGGAUCAGUCAAAUUGUGCAUCAUUGAUCGAAGCCGAGCUGCAAUGUUGGGGACACGAGUAGUAGGUUUAGCCACCUUUUGUGAGGCGACCAGUCUGUGCUUCCAUGGCCCGCAUUUACCGGCUCUUCAAGUUCUAGACCUAACGCUUUGCAGUUUGCUUAACUUGCUUGGUUCUUACUCGGUUCCUCGGUUUGUCGAGCAAAGCUCCCGAGACCGUUAUUCAGUUGCAAAGCGUACUUCGUUUGAUUUGAAAAGGGGUGCAAUAUCUGAAACAGACGGAAUGG